AUGAAAUGCAUAGGUAGAUUCCAGUCAGACAAGCCUUUGGAUUCAGAGACAUGCCUAUACCGUUCGCGACUAGACCGCCCCAAAAGACAAACACCCAUCUAUAGAACAGUCAGGGAGGGGUCAUUGGACAGAGAAAGGCUACACGCACGAAUGAAGAAAGAUGCCAAGCGCACAGAGCCUAUAAUGAAGAUCAGUUCGUUGCACUGUGCUUCUUGCAUGCAACGUACUUGCUCAGAGUCAGAUGCUUCCAGUAUUGGUACUUGCCCAAUAGAUAAAUUAUACGGUGGUAAUAAAGGAGAUAAAGGAACGUUCAGAGUGGGAAGAUGGGUGGAGAAACCAGGGGAUGGGGAAUCGGUUUCCACGUUGGCGCGUAAAAGAGAGAUAAUUUUUGUAAGAAGCAUAUCUCCUAUAAGCAUAGAGAAUAAUAGAGACUGGUCUAGUAUUAGCAGUGUCGUAUCCAAACCGAAAGAAUACAAAGUUACACAUGACACGAAAGAGAAGAGCGGGCUAACAUAUCCGACUUCUACACGCCAGAUACCGCCGCUCGAGAAAAAUUGUACGAUCACGGCAAUGAGAAUGACGAUGAGGAAGAUGCUCGACGUAAUCGGUCCUGCACCAAACAUCAGUUAUACAUCAGAUAAAAGGAGACAUGUUACUCACGUUUUCGUUCAAACUUUUCGGGGAGGGUGA